AUGAGCGCCCACAGUAAGGCGUCUGCUUUUACGGAGGGAAGCGGCCGGAAGACCGAGGAGCCAGCUGGCCUUGCAAGCUCCCGAGCCCCGUGGGCACAUGCACUAGGCACACAUUUUGGCCUGCAGCAGGCUCAGCACCUGGCUGAGGGUGGAGAGGAGCGAGGGUCCUCAAGGCCCCAGUCCCCCAAGUGGCAGUGGGACCUGGACUGUAUGUCCGAGUCCCGGCUGGAAGCAAGCCAGGGGGAAGCCCAGGACCUUAGGGGCUGCCAGGCCAGGCCGAACACGCCCACCUGCGAUGCGUGGGAUGCUGUGGACCCACUGGCACAGUUCACUGCGGCGUGUGCAGCCAUCCUCCAGCCGCUGAGUGACCCGAGUGUCCGUAUCACGCGUGGAUUCCUGAGCACUGAGAGCAGCGUCGCUGGGGCAGCCUCCGUUUGCGCGCAGGUUAAGACAGGUUCCAGCGGCAGCGGCGUGGUGGGCCCUCGUUUUGAGCAAACCCGGCAGGUUUGUGCUGCCUUGAAGCCCGUCGGUGCCCCCAGAAGAGACCGGCUCCAGGGCCUCAGCAAGAAAAGAGGCGCCAGACGUCGCUUGUUUUUUGACACUGAUGAUGAGCAGCGCGCCUAUGAGGAAACCGUGCCCCGGCUGUCUUCUGACUCCAAGUCCUCCCAUGAGCUCACGGACAUGCAUCCCGAGAGGGACAGCAUUCAUGAGCAAGAAGACCAGGCGAUGGACAGCAGCUCUGAGGAACUGCCAGAGAGACGCAGACUCUGGACUUGGACUUCUCCCUGCUGGGACACGCUCCCUCCCAUUUCUGGUCCUGUCUUGACCUCUACUCUCCAGGGUCUCACUUGGGCCAGGAAUAGGCCGGCGGUAGCAGAGCUGGGGCCAUCUUCCUCUAAGAAAAUCAAGAGUGUGAUCUCUAGGGAGGGAGGGGGCAGUGUCACUCUCCCAGAAGUUGCUGCUGCAGGGGACCUACCCCAGGCCACUUGUAAGAGGAAGGUAGCCAAGGGGAAGGCAUCGCUAGAGCAUUCUCCUAAGGUUGUUCUGGGGUCAGUCUUUGCUCCAUGGGGGAGGGGACCGUCAGAAGCUUUUGUGUAUCCAACUACCUUUCCUAAAAUCUCUGGUAUUUCUCUGCUUGAGAAUCCCAGCUCAUCUUCCUCACUCCCUUGGGCACCCAAGCAGUUCAAGCUGAGUGGCCGUGGGAAGCAAUCUCCAGCCAGGAGGAAGUCCCAGCCCGCAGCUGCAAGAGAUGGUAGACCAAAUGGAGAUCCAGACCCAAGAGCUCAACGUGUAGGUCCCUCUGCUCCACCCUCCCCAUCGCCCUCUGCUCUCUGUCCUGCUCUGCCUUUAUUCCCGCCUCCUUCCCACUACUUUACACCCCCUCCCCGUUCAGCUCAUACUUCUCCAGUCUGCUCUGGACAUCGGACACUCUGCGCAUGA